GGCGGGGCCGGAAGUGCCGCUCCCUGGUGGGGGCUGUUCAUGGCGGUUCCGGGGUCUCCAGCAUUUUUCCUAGUGGUGAUUCUAAAUCCGUUCGCAAGGGAGGCACCGGAGCUUGAGGUCUUGCUGGUGUGAAAUGACUGAGUACAAACUGGUGGUGGUUGGAGCAGGUGGUGUUGGGAAAAGCGCGCUGACAAUCCAGCUAAUCCAGAACCACUUUGUAGAUGAAUAUGAUCCCACCAUAGAGGAUUCUUACCGAAAACAGGUGGUUAUAGAUGGUGAAACCUGUCUGUUGGACAUACUGGAUACAGCUGGACAAGAGGAGUACAGUGCCAUGAGAGACCAAUAUAUGCGGACAGGCGAAGGCUUCCUCUGUGUAUUUGCUAUCAAUAAUAGCAAGUCAUUUGCAGAUAUUAACCUCUACAGGGAACAGAUUAAGCGAGUAAAGGACUCAGAUGAUGUACCUAUGGUGCUAGUAGGAAACAAAUGUGAUUUGCCAACAAGGACAGUUGACACCAAACAAGCCCAUGAACUGGCCAAGAGUUAUGGGAUUCCAUUCAUUGAAACCUCAGCCAAGACCAGACAGGGUGUUGAAGAUGCCUUUUACACACUGGUAAGAGAAAUACGUCAGUACCGAAUGAAAAAGCUCAAUAGCAGUGAUGAUGGGACUCAAGGUUGCUUGGGGUUGCCUUGUGUGGUGAUGUAACAAGAUACUUUAAAGUUCUAGCAUAAGAAAAGAGCCACUGUCAAGCUGCACUGACACCCUGGUCCUGACUUCCCUGGAGGAGAAACAAGUUCCUGUUGCUAUCUUCAGUCUCACAAAGAAGCUCCUGCUACUUCCCCAACUCUCAGCACAUCAGUACAAUGUUCUCUAUUGGAGAAGUUCUCAGAAUAACUACCUCCUCACUUGGUUGUCUGACCAGAGAAAUGAACCUCUUGUUAUUCCCCAAUAUUUUUCCACCCUGGGUUCUCCCCAAACACCACCACCCCAGGUUUUACAUCUGGAAAGCAAUUCAUGCUCUGAAACAGCCAAACUGUAGACAUGAAAUUCUGUAGAAAACAAUGUCUUGAGCUCUAAUGUAGCAACUGCUGGUGAUUAUUUUUUUCUUUUUACUGUUGAACUUGGAACUAUAUUGGUUUUUGGAGAAAUGUCAUAAGUUACUGUUUUGCUGAGAAUAUAGUUAAUGUGGUAUUUGGUUUGUUUAUAAUGGUAUCGGCUAUAUUCUAUAAACUGGCAUCUGCUCUGUAUUCAUAAAUACAAAGGUGAAUACAGACUUUUGAGUCUCUCCUAGUCUUCUCGACUUUCACGCAAUUAAAUCUAACUUUCACAAUGAAGUGCCUUUUUCCUAGAAGUGGUUUGUAAACUUUCUUUACAAUACUUCAGUGGAGUGGAUGUCUCAAAAACCAUUAUACAUGAAAAUGAAUGUCUGAGAUAUGCCUACAACCUGUCUACCUUUGAGGGAAAGAUACACCAAUGCAAUAGCAGAUGCCAUUUCUUACAUGUAUAAAGUUGCCUUUCCAGAGACCUGUUUUAGGUUCUCCCAAGAGAAAGAUGAAACUGGAAAUAAUUUUAAAUAAUUUCACUUAAUUUUUACCGACGCUUUACUUUCUUUUUUUGUAGGUUGCUACCUGUAAAGUGUAUGUAAUCUGUUUCUUCUAACUUUCUCAUAAUCUAAUGUUCAAUGAACUUCCAUUCAUAUUUAAAUUUGGUUUAUAUCUGAAAGCUCUACAUUUUCAGGUGUGCAAAAUUGUAAAAAUUUGAUGCAGUUUAUAUUUAAUAUUGUGAUUGAUGAUUUUCAAGCCUCAAACAUAAUAUAUUAACAGACACAUUUUUAGUGCAUAUCAUGGUAUCUUCGUGAUGUAUGUAAUUGCCCUCAGUCAUCUUUUCACCCUAUCCUCUAUCCCUCGCACACAGCAACUGCAGUUUCAUUAUUGUAGUUGAGUAAAGCAUGGUGCUAAAUGGACCAGGGUUACCUUUUCAAAACUUGAGCGAGCCAGUUAGCAUCACAGAGGGAGAAACUCAUCCACAUUUGCUCAUUGCACCAGUAACCCCAGCUGGUAGUUUUGCUGGAUGUAUGCUCUUAUCCUGCGAGGAAAGAAGAGGUCAGUUAACGCAAGUCCUUGACCAUAACUGGAAAAGCUUGGUGUCUUAAGGGUCGGCUUAGCAGUCUUUAUAAAGAAAGUGUCUAGACUCCUUUUUUUAGCCUCAUGGAAACUAAAUGAAGCCAAUAUAUAUAUUUUUUUCAUUAUUUUUUUGAGAAUGAGGGUACCUCACAUCAAAUUUUGUUUAGUUUUUUUUUGUUCAUAAUGUUCUUUGAAGUGUUUAAAACAAGGCGUUGAUGAAUUAGUCUGUGCAUACAAAGCUGAUGAGUGUGUUCGGAACAAGAAGCCUUUGGAUUGGAAUUGCUUUUUGAGAAAGGAAUGGAAACCGUAAUGAAUUGUUAUGAGAAUUUGGAGACCUGACUUUGCCAUUUGCAAAUAAUAUCCUGGUAAUUCUAAUGAAAAAUAGACUUAAACUUUUGAUAAAAGCCUAGUUCCAAAAUGGCCACUUUCUGUUCUGGUCUUUUAAUAUGUAAAUACUUACUGAGGUCCUCUGUCUUCUAAUAUAAAUUUUGAUUUAUUAAGCAAACUCCACAUCGCCUUGAAAUGAAUUCAGAAGAGGGGAAGAAAUGUGUACUGUGUCAAGUGUAAUAGACUCAUAGAGUUGUGCUCCUUCGUGUUAAUUCUGAGAGUUUCACAGUACAGUGGACACCUGUAAGCAGGCACUCGCUGCUGCUGUGUUUCUGCUGCUUCUGGAGCAUUGCUCUGUCAUUUUCCUUGAGGCUUGAUGGAGGCUUGUCACCGUAGUUGUCCUCAUUGUCGUUGUCUUCCUGUCUUCCCCUUCCUCCUCCUCUCGUCUAUGUGACUGACAGCGUGAUGCUUUUUCUAAUGUCAAAUUAGGGGAAAAGAUAACUGAUUGGGGUUCCUGUGCCCAUAGCCCUUGUAUGUUUGUACCUUAUUGUUCCCUCAAGUAUGUUGUAAGCACAGAAGUAUCUAAAUAGGGCCACAAUUCAGACUUAAAUAUUCUUUUAAUAGCAUCUUAAGAAGUUACAUUUAGGUGUGGACUUUGGCAAGAUAGAGUGACAAAGUUAUGUUAAAUGCUGAAUAGCUUCAGUUAGUGUGGUAUAAAAUGUGGUGUUUAGAAUAUGUUUGUAAUUGCUAAAAACAAUUCUAGUUUACCUCAAAAUCUGAAAGUCUCUUUCCCCAAGUUUAAGUGCCUGGCCAGCUGUCAUAAAUUACACAUUACUUUGUGUGUUUUUUAAAGGUUGCACACUCAAGAGUAUGAAAAUACGAUGUUCUGUCUAAAGGCUACCUUGCCUAACCUGUUAAGUGCUAUAUUUGCUCCAACAGCUUACUAUAGAAUUCUGUUACUUGGUAAUACAGUAUCAUACUUAUUACAGUUUUCACUUUAGGAGUGUAAUGGGUAAAAUUAUUCUCUAUGUAUUUUAGUGGGCCCCAUGUUUAAUCGUUUAUCAUCCUUUAAACUGCUGUGAAUUUUUUGUCUUGACUUGAAAGCAAGAAUAGAGAAACACUUUGAAGAGAGAUUUUGUUUUUUUCCCAUUCCAGACUUGGUGAGCAGCAUCAUGUUUUGCGUUACAUUUGCAGUCAUGAACUUGAGGUGGCAGCUACAACAACCAAAAAAUGGUGCACUCUGCUUCUUGUAAUUCAUCUCUGCUAAUAAAUUACAAGAAACAGAUAAUUAGGGAAAAUAUUUUAUUUGGGUGGUUUCCAUAAACAAGGGACUGUAACUUUGUACAUUAUUUUUCAUCUUUGCCAUUUCUUUAAACAGUCCAGUGUGCCACAAAAUUAUUAUAAGGUGUUUCCUAUAAGAAUUGUCUUAAAAGUGUUCUUGUUAUCAGAGUAGUUGUAGAUAUAUUUCAAAUAUAACUGGUGAUUUUUAAAAGCCUGAGUACUGACCUAAGAAGCAAUUGCAUGACGUCUACUCUGGAGGGAAGGGAUGGUCACAAUGGGUGUUGUAUGACUUUUACAUUUCUGUGCCAUCAAAUAUAGGUAAAGUGAUUGAUUGUGCAAUUCUGCUGUUUAAACGGCAACUAUUGGCCUCCUUGGCCCUAAAUGAAAGGGCUGAUAUAAGUUGCCUAUUUUAUUGUGAAUUAAUCCAUCCUAAUUUUUUUAAAUUUGGUUGAAUGUUUUUCUUUUAAAAUGUUUAAAAAAUAAA